AUGGUCUUCCAAAGUGCUGGAUUGAUCUUUCUCCUUCUCCCAUUUGGCCUGGGCUCGUCAUUCUUAGAGCGGUCUCACACCUCCUGUGACACCUCGACACUCAACACUACCUCUGGUGUCUAUUAUGCGAAAGAGAACCAGACAAUCUUUCACGUUGCCGACGCUGUGAAGCGGGGAGCCUGCGAUAUCGCGCGGUAUAACCGCAUGGCGGACGCGAUAUUCCCUCUGACGACCAAUGAGGAAAUCCUGAUCCCACCCCAGGUGUGCAAACCGGAUAACUCCACCUGUUUGAUUGUGGCAAAGCCGAAUGCCACUUACGCGGACUGCAUAGUUGGUGGCCCCCAUACCUACACUACCCUAGCGGGUGAUACAAUGGCCUACAUUGCACUCAAGCUCAAUCUUACCGUCGACGCUCUGUUAAGCACUGCCUGGGUUCCGAAUAUGGGAUCUUCCACUGAUCCGGUGGAAACGGGACAGAGCAUAAAGCUACCUCAGUGCAGUCCCAGUCAGUGCACUGUCCGGCCCGGAGAAUUCAUCUAUGGCACCUACAAAGACCUGGCUGUCAAACUGGGCACCACACCAGGCCAACUGAUGGCGUUCAAUCCGACCUAUAAUCACACGGUUGCUCCUCAGGGCAAAGGACCUGUCUUGUCGAUGGUAAGCGACUGUGUGCUUUUAUCGAAUAAUAUCUCGGUUAUUUCCUGA